AUGCUCACCCUUAUGGGUCGGACGAAAGGAUCUGCCGAGGAAGAGGAGGACGAGGAGUCUAGACCAGCGAGAUUGAACAACCAGAUCGUGGUGCGCGACUCACAACACGAGGGUGCGACUCUUUUCCCUAGGCCGAUCGCAUCCGCCGUCUCGGGCUUGACCGGUGUCGCAUCGUUCAAUGUGAGGGCGGCACUAAAAAUUGGAGGAUGGACCGUGUACGCCGGUCGAGAGGCGACGCUCAAGUCACUGUCUGUAGCCAGGACCGCAGCCGAGCAAGUUCUCAUCCUUGCGGGUAGAGACGUUGCUUCGCGGACUGCUCCGGACUCGCUUGGUCAGAUGGAGGCAGCCAAUACUCUCGAAUCAGCUAUACGACUUCUCCACUCAGUCAUAUCGAAGGCUUCAUUUGUUGCAUCUUCGGGCUUCUACCUGACAGAAGCUGCGCUAAAUUCCGUCUCAAGCAUAUCGAUCCAUGGACUGUCUAUGCUAAACGCUAUAUGUGGAUCCACAGAGACCUCGAAAGCCGUCGCUGCAGUUAUCAACCUCCUCAGUACUGAGCUUAACAGGCCUCAGGGUGAGCACGUGGCGACUUAUUAUGACUUACUCUCCGCCCUCAUUGGUUUUGUAUUGUUGCAAAGAUGGGGCAGACGGAAAACCCAGCUCGAUUUUCGGAACGCUGGCGGCGAAGAAACCAUAUGGGACAUGGUGAUCGAUGACAGAGGCUUUCGCGCAGACGUCGUUGGCACGCGCAGACAGGAGACUGUCACCCUCAGACCUCAUACUCAACAUGCCCAUUCAUUCCUGUCGCCUGCGGAUGAGCUCAAUCCUGAGGAUACAUUCGAGGCCUUGGAACGGGGCACAAUCUUCGACGGUGCUCGAGUGGAAGUAAGCCCGAAUGAUCAAGCAAUUUUGUCUGAUGAGGAGAUCCGGAAUCAGAUUAUCAAACAAUUGCCUAGCGGCGCUAGAGCCACCGUCAGUUCCGAGACGCUCACAGCAAAGACUAUCAAGGUCGAGAUCUACGAUUCGGAUGCUACCAACAUAGACGCACCUCCAGGAACCAUUAUGGUGGCAGAACGGCUAAAUCACGACACGAUCGACAACAAUGAAACCCCUCGACAGACGAUCGUCUUCCGAACAGCUCUCAAACGAAGCAGUAGCGCCGAGGUUGAAGCCAACAACAAGAUUCUGAUGACUGCUCCUCCACCAGACAAUGCUGAACAUUCGGAUGGAGAUGAUGCUGUAAUGAUGCGCGAUGUAUCAAAGCCCAUACUCCCCCCCAAAGAUGACCCGCCCAGUAUGGCUUCGUCCUUCGAAGAAGACUCCGAGAGAUUGGAUAGAAUUUCGCGAGCCAAGGGAGUGAAGUCGCGUGAGCCUAUCGCGAAUCAGAAGAAAAGUAGGAAGCCAGCUUUUGUCCUUUCGACCUCGCCUGACGAAAAAGAUUCCAGUAAACCAACAACAAAAGCCUCCAAGGGCAGAGCUCAGAGUCAGAAGCCAGAAAAAGAGGGCAAGAUCCGAAAAGCAAUGAAGACCCUUAGCCCGAGCUCAUCCUUCGCUGCGGUGAGGGAUGCUCCUUCAUUCAUACCAAAACGCAAAUCUGCAGAAGCUAAACAACUGCCGACGAUCGCACGGUUGACAACAGCCUCGCCGCCCGACAUUGCACCACAACGAGUGUAUCCUCCGAUACAUUCCAAAAGUAGAGCAGCCAGCCCUUUCGGAAGCCCGAACCAUGUGGCAUCUCCUGGUCAGACGGCGGCCAACAGUUACUUUACCGUUCGCGAAACAAGACGUGACUCGAUUGUAUCGCAAAGUGACUCCUAUUCUGUCCACUCCGUAGAGAGUAGGCCCACUUCUCGAGCCGGCUCACCCACAUUUUCUCGGACGCACUCAAGAGUUGUGAACAGUAUAUCCCAGACCAAAUCAGAGCUGGGCCUCUCUCUGCAGGGAUCGGACGCUCAGACUGGGUCGGCCAGCGCGCACAAGCAUCAGCGAACACGUUCAUUCCAGCCGAGCCUGUAUUCAAUGGGCAGCAAACACUCCGGUGAAGCUGUUGUGCUCGCUCCUAGAACGCCAAUGCCAAGAAAGUCGAUAUACGAGGAUUCCGACAUGGUCGAUACGUUGAUGCGUGAGGGCAAAGUCCCAGGUAUGUUUCCGGACCAGCACCUCGUGAGAACUGUCCGUCGCUUCGCGCGGUUUGCGACUGCGUCAUACGGCUCGGGUUUCCUGCAUAUGAUGGGGUUGAAUGACGAGAAGAAAAACCUGAGCAAGUCGACCGAGCUAACGACUCUCAAUAUCCAUCACGAGCACAGUUCCUUUUCCGACCACACAGGACUUCCAGCCAAUACCAUCCUGCUGUCUUCCUUCUACGAUCCUCAGGGUGUGAUGGGGAACAUCGAGUGGUCGCCUUCGGCUAUUUCUCCGUUGAUCCAUUUUGUCUCACUUGAUGACAACUCGAAAGCCGUUGUGCUGACCUGUCGUGGAACCCUGGGUUUCGAGGACGUCCUUACUGAUAUGACAUGCGACUUUGAUGAAUUGAUCUGGCAAGGCCAAAGCUACAAGGUCCACAAGGGUAUUCAUGCUUCUGCUCGGCGGCUGCUCAGUGGGAGCGGCUCGCGUGUCAUGGCUACGCUAAAAGCGGCGCUAGAGGACAAUCCAGAUUACGGACUUGUGCUUUGCGGCCAUUCACUAGGCGGUGCUGUGGCCGCUGUACUCGCCAUUCUGAUUUCGGAGCCCGUUCAGUCAUCAACCACUCAGUCGUUCGUGACUGGGAGCCCGCCCAAGCUUCUGACUGGGCCCCCUUCGUUCAAAGACCAAGAUCUGUCCGCGCCUCCAAUCCGCCUGCCAACCGGCCGUCCAAUCCACGUCUAUUCGUAUGGCACACCUGCGACCGUCUCGGAGCCACUUCGGCUCGCUACACGAGGUCUGAUUACGACCAUCGCCAAUGCUGCGGAUAUUGUUCCUUGCUUGUCACUCGGUACGCUACACGACUUUCGCGAAGUUGCGAUCCAUCUCAAGAACGAUCAGAGCGAUGCAAUCAACAAGCUCAAGUCCCGGGUCUGGGACCGCAUCUGUACCGCCUUCAGUUUAAGCAUGACUGCUGAGCGUACAGCCGGGGGCCCACCGCCACCCGAGAACAUCGCCGGCGAGGGCGUGGGUGAAGAUACAUGGGCUUGGACGCUUCUGGAAACGUUGCGGGGAACAAUGACGAGCGAGAAACUGGUGCCUCCAGGCGAGGUAUUUAUCGUCGAGUCGACCAGGGUUUUCGACCGACUGGGGGCGGAUGUCAAGCAAGAGGCCCGCUUCGGCUUUGGCGCCGAAGAAGCCGGCAAGGACAACACAACAGAACACGUGUACCGUGCGUUGGGCAGACCCGCAUCAAGGGUACAGUUCAAGCUGGUCAGAGAUGUGGAGAGGAGAUUCGCGGAAAUUAGAUUUGGCAGCGGCAUGUUCGCUGAUCACUCGCCAGGAAGGUACGAAAGGAACCUCAGCAGCUUGGAGGCUGGAGUGUUUGAUGGUUGA